GUAAAUCGCGGCGGCGGCGUGCCAUGGCCGGUGACGUCACGCCCUGGGUUUUUUGUGAUCGUGGCGGUUGAAAGGGUUCGCCUCAGAAAAUGAUUUCUUUACCCCCCACCCCCACCCCCUGCUCCUGUGACUGAUGUAUCUCGAAGGGUGUGUGCCUGGAACAACACAAAUGGAUUCAAGUUACAAGAAAGGAGAUUCCGAGUCAGCAUCAAGACGUGCUUUCUGAGAUGUCAAACUUCUCCAGGCUCUGCUAGUCAGGACUCCUGAGCAACCAUGGCAGACACCACCCUCCAGAUCGUCGAGCAGCCAACAGUCUCUGAGGCCUCGGAGGAGCCAGCAGGUGAAACCGAAGAACCCAUCAAAUCUGACCAGAUCAAUGGUGUUAUGGUUCUUACCCUUCUGGACAAGAUCAUCGGAGCUGUUGAUCAGAUUCAGCUGACCCAGAGUCAGCUGGAGGAAAGGCAGCAGGAGAUGGAUGGGGUGGUGUCCAGCAUCCAAGGGGAGCUCGCUAAGCUCACGAAGGCCCACUCCACCACCAGUAAUACGGUCAACAAGAUGUUGGAGAAGGUCCGCAAGGUCAGUGUCAACGUCAAAACUGUCCGGCAGAACCUGGAGAAGCAAGCUGGCCAAAUCAAGAAGCUGGAAUCUAAUGAGGCAGAGCUGCUGAAGCGCAGGAACUUCAAAGUCAUGAUCUACCAGGAUGAGGUGAAGCUGCCAACCAAGCUGAGCAUUAGUAAGUCUUUGAAAGAGACAGAAAAAGAAGGGGAAGAGGUCGUGGUGGAUGAGGAGCAUCCUGAAGAAGAACAUAUUGAGCUCUCCUCAGACGAAGAGGUGGAGGUGGAAGAGAUUAUUGAGGAGUCACGGGCAGAACGCAUUAAGAGGAGCGGUAUGAGGAAAGUGGAUGACUUCAAGAAGGCCUUCUCCAAAGAGAAGAUGGAGAAGACCAAGCUGAAGACCAGAGAGAACCUGGAAAAGACCAAGGUGAGGACCAGGGAGAACCUGGAGAAGACCAAGCAGAACCUGGAGAAGACCCGACACAACCUGGAGAAGAGGAUGAACAAGUUGGGCACCAAGAUUGUCACCAAUGAGCGCAGGGAGAAGAUGAAGACCUCCCGGGAGAAGCUGAAGAAGUCCUUCACCCCCGACCACGUGGUCUAUGCACGCUCCAAGACAGCUGUCUACAAAGUACCACCUUUCACGUUCCAUGUCAAGAAGAUCCGAGAGGGGGAGGUGGAAGUGAAGGCCACUGAGAUGGUGGAGGUUGGUGGCGAUGAGGCAGAGAACACAGAUCUUAUGAGGGGUGAGAGCCCUGAGAUGAGCACCCUUUUGCAUAUUAAUGAAGAGGCGGACACGAUGCUGGCAGACAAGAGUGACAGCGAGUGAGGCUAGAGUGGCAUUGGAAGACCAUCAAGAGCUGACCAUGUAAUCUUUCACGUUUCCCCUUUUUGGCCUCACAUGGGUGUGCACUCACACACACAAUAUAUAUAUAUAGAUCUUGCAGCCCCACCCCCCAAAUGCGGCACGAAGGUGCAUUUUUGUAUAUUUCUGUUUCAGCAUAUAGAGCACAGGACUUCAUAGCAAUCCAUCAAACACCAUUCCUAUGACCGAGAGCUUGCUUUGCCUGCCAGCCUGCUGUGGCAACACCCCUCGCCCACCCACCCCAAGGUGCUAUCAGCAAAGCAAUCCAUUUGCAUGCCCAAGAAGCAUGCUGCCUCUUACCUAUUCUCCUUGGGGCUCAAGAAUGCUUCCAGGGACCAGAAGACAAGAUUAGAUGGACAGAAGGAAAAGCAGCAUGGUGCAGAACCGAAAGAAGAAAGGGUUUGGCACAGUACUUUACUGAACUGGGGGAGGAAAAGUGACUGAGGAGGGAUGCAAAUGUAAUGCCAUGCGAUGGUGCAAGAGGGAGGUCUGUGCACCCCGCAAACCAUUUUUCAAGAGAUUAUUUUUUAUGCAGUCACACUCUUAAGGGCCUUAUAUUUGCACACAUGAAAGAACAGCAGCUGCUGCUGUGCACGCUGGAAGGAGGAGAGGAGAGGAAAAGUGUCGAGGCAGGGUCCCCUCCAAGCUAUUUGGGCUGUUCGCUGAGUCUGGCCAGGAGCCACGCUUGCAACAUGGCUCCAGUGGUCAGUGCUCAUUUUCUGGGUUAGGGCAUGGUGGGGAGUGGCAGACCAGUAGGUGUGGCUGUGAAAGAGGACAGAGAGCACAGAGAAAAGAUGGAUUGUGAGUCUUUGGCUGCAAGUAAAGUGUUAAUAGCAAGAGCCAAGAGGAAACUCUUGUCCAGUCAGCCAGCCACCUUAACCCCUGUCCCUGAGCUGGAUCCUGUGCACUGAAGAUGGCUUUCUGCAGUGCCUGGGUUUCAGGUCAACAUCUGUACCUUCCUGCUAGGCUGACUUGCAGCAGCCCAUUUUUAACUUGGGCACUGCUUUUUGGGUGCUCUCCAGUGGGGUACCCAUAUGGGUUUGCUGUCGCUAUAUUGACUGAACUUGCUGCUUGGGGAGGGCUGUGGGGAGGGGGCGUUCAGUGACCCAAGACGUCUUCGUUGUGUGGGUAAGGUGCUUCUCAGCAAACUCCCCACACUUCCUUAUAGCUACCUCUUUGGGCUUUUCUUUUAAAGUUUGUGGGUGAGCCUGAAGCCUCACUUUUUUCCCAAGCACCACCAAAAAGAGGCUUCUUUCCAGGGUGUUCAACACAUGCAGCUGCCUACACACACACAUCUCUGGUCCACCAAUUCAUGAAGUGGUUGAGCAGCCCCCUCUUCCCCACCUCCUGCUAUGAUUCUCCCCUGUGGGAUCAAGGAGGGAAAGUCGGCAGCAUGCUCAGUCCCAGCAGCAAACUCUGCCAGGGUUCCCUUGGCAGUGGUGCCAACAGAGCAAGAUUUUGGGGCAGACAUCUUAGCAGAUUGAGGAGGUGGCCCCCCAAACCUAGCAAAGGCACCUUCAUCGUAUUUUGAAACAAGUAAUGCACAUUGCCACCUGCAGCAAUGAAGUAGUAAUGCAUUGCCAUAUAAGCUAAAAGGCCGAUAAGGCCAUUAAGUCCAGAGCCUAAAACAACCCACCAGUGACACUGUACCUCCACCAUUCCAUGCCCAGCAUUUCCACCACAACCUAUACCAAUGCUGCCUGCUCUAGCAACUCAGCCAGUAGCUUGGCUGAGCCACCCAUAGCCCAGUAAGGAGGUAGAGGGGUGUGUGUGUGUGUGUAUAGGGAUGUUCUUACUCAACCAUGGAGUGUGCAAGCUCCCACCACACUAGAGUUUCCAGUGAGCCUUUCUGUUCUUGUUACGUUGCUGUGGAUCUUGCGUCCGGGAGAAGACAGGAGUGCCCAGAGUACCAGAUAUGCUUGGACUUUUCUUAAGGCCAUCACACAUAGGGCAGAGACCACACACCACUCUGGGGAGAGAGCAAGGGGCAGGGGGAGGGUUGUGCCAAGCUGCUGCAUUGUUCCUUUUCUAAGACUGCAUCCUGGUGAGCAGCAUGACUAAUAAACUUCCUUUUCUAAAAGAACAGGUGUGAGGUGUUUGCAAGGGGCAGGGGGGAGAGCGGCAUCAGGCAGGUCACUCAGGCAGGUGCAGCGCAGCACCAAGCCACACACAUUAAGGGGACUUCCAGGCUCGCUUUGUUUCAGGUGGGAUUCAGUCUCUGCCAAAUUCAGGUUGUGCAGCGAAAGCCGACCUGCUGCUCUUGCUAAUCAUACUUUGUGCGCCGUAAGGAAAGCGACGGGAAAACACACUGGAAAGUGGGAUAGUGGUUUCUUGACACAAUAUUGUAUAACGUCACUGCAAACAAAUUAGAAUGAAUGCUCAAUAAAUAGCCAACAUCGUCUCA